AUGAAUGCCUUUUUCGACGGUAAUGUUCAUGCUAAGACAAACUUGAAAGAGUUUGUCGACCAGUUUGAUAACGCGUUGAAAAAGAAAAUUGAGAAUGAAACUGCAGCGGACUUCCACUCAUUUAGUGUCACUAUUCCAUGUAUAUCAAGAUCUCCAAUUGAAAAAAAAUUUCAAGAUUUGUACACGAAUGCUAAAUUCAGGGAAUUUCAACAGCAAAUUAUCGGCAUUAUUGAUAUGGAUCCAAAGUUAUUUAAGAGUAAUGGUGUUGUAAAGAUGUAUUGCAUAAAUGAUGAAAUUUGUGUUGAAGAGUUUACUAAGAGAGUUACAUACUAUGUGGACUUUAGUGAGGACGAUACAGUUGCAAAAUGUUCAUGUGGGUUAUUUCAUAUGAGAGGGAUAUUGUGUAGUCACAUUUUGGUAGUAUUCAAAUGUAACGAGAUUAAAUUUAUGCCAGAAAGAUACAUUUUAGAGAGAUGGAGGAAGGACAUCAAAAGGAGAUACACGUUAAUACAUAGCAGCUUUGACACAGGAGAUCAGCGGGCAGAUGCAAACCGAUAUUCAAGUCUAUUGAAUAUUUGUUAUAAGAUAAUUACUCUUGCAGCGGGUUCAGACAAGCAUACUGUGGAUGCAACAGGGAAGUUAUUUGCAAUGAUUGACUUAUAUGGUGACAACCAAGAAUCCCCAUCGAUGAUGGUCACGGGUUCCAAUGUUGGUUGUACGGCAAAUGACACAACUACAGGUGGUAGCUCACAAAAAGUACUCAGUCCACUAACUGUGAAAGGGAAAGGCAGACCCUCAUCGUUGAGGAGAGCAUCGGGAAUAGAGAAACGCAUGCGAAAAGUUCAAGCGAAGAUGAAGAAAACAGCAGUGAAGGGGAAACGCAAAUAG